AUUUGUUUAUAGUCCAUGAAUUAUUAUCAAGAAUAUUGUGUUUAUGAAAGAGUAGAUAUUUGAAGGAGUGAGCCAUCUCGUUUGAGGAUGAAUCUGCGAAUGACAAUAUUUUUCUUGGUAUGCUUAGGAUUUACUUUAGCUAAGGAUGAUAUAGUCGUUCAACUCUGGGAGAAGAAGGAAAAAAUUCGUGGUCAUGUUCUGAAAAGUGGAAAAGGAUUGGACCACUAUGCUUUUCAAGAAAUUCCGUAUGCUGCACCGCCCACUGGUCAAAAUAGGUUCAAGGAGCCUAAAGAACCUGAUGAUUGGAAAGGAAUAUUGAACACCACUGUAAACAAAAGAGUUUGUAUGCAGGCGUUAUCUUACCUUAACGUUCCCGAUUCUAUGAAAAUGUCUGAAGAUUGCCUUUUUUUAAACGUAUAUACUCCGAUGAAACCCGGAAAUGGAGAAAAAGCAUCACUGUCUGUAUUGUUCUGGAUUCACGGAGGAGCAUAUUUUUUUGGUUCUGGAGCAUAUCAGUACUACAAUCCCAAAUUUUUCAUUGAUGCUGGUAUUGUUGUUGUGACAAUUAAUUAUCGCCUUGGUCCCUUUGGGUUUCUUACAACGGCCGAUGGAGUUAUUCCUGCAAAUUUGGGACUGAAAGAUACGAUUCUGGCAUUGAAAUGGGUUCAUCGCAAUAUUCACUUGUUUGGUGGAGACUCCAAGAGAAUUACUGUUGCAGGACAGAGUGUUGGUGCAUAUUCCGCUGGUUAUUUGCAACUUAACAGAGAACUCCGAGAGGAAUAAAAAAGAAUGCAACCGAUGCAGGUCGAAUGUAUGCUCAGAGGUUCCCUACACGUCGCCAUCCUACUCGGCUUUAUUUUCCAAAACUGGAAAUAAAAAUGCGAAAUGAACCAGAAGAAAAUUCCAAUAACUUCAUCGUCAGUGAAGAAAAUGAAGUAGACUUGUUGGCCUAUGUUAAAGUAAAUUGUACGGCGUCAAUUCGCCAAAUUGUUUGAG